AGGUGGAAGAGGCAGGCUGUGGGAAUCCCUUGUCGAUUGGGGCGAUUCUAGAGUCUGACCCCAGUCAUAACGCUCUCCACAUCACGCCACCAACAUCCGCCUCGCUCCACAACGUCCUCAAUUUUAGUCGUGGCAAAAUAGAGUGGAAGGAGGUGGCCUGCGCCGCCCCUCUGCAGCCUGGAUUCGGCUCUUCAGGGAACCCUAGUAUUGGAGGGGACAACGGUCAAGUUCAAGGUCGGGCAGCGGCUGGUUAGGGUGCAUCCCGACUCCUCGGUUUCCUAACUGAGAAGUGAAAGCCCUGCAAAUUGGGGGGUCUUGGUCUUGGGAAAGGGCUUUUUUUCCCCCUUAGCGAUCGCCUCCUCCUCCUGGGGUCCUGGGCGGGCUGAGCGCCCUGGCGGCAAUGGGUCCCCAACUAGCGCUCCUGGUGGGGGCGCUAGCCGGCUGCCUGCGGUCUGCCCGGAGCUGCGUCAUAUGCGAUCAGAGGGUCAUCGGGGAACUUCACUCCUUGGAUACGGAAUACCUCCCUACCCACAUUUCGCCCAAGGAUCACAGAGAAGUGAUGAGAAAGAUAAAAGAAACCGUGAGGAAUUUCACGAGACUGCCAGAUGGAAAGCGAACCGUUGUUGGGGUUAUCGAUGAUGCCACAAUGGAAUUGUCAGUCUUGAGUUUUGUGAGGAGUCUGAGACUUCUCAGAGACCGUGAUGUAAGAGGUGAUGCUUUCCUGAAGGAGUUCUUUGAGAUGGCGACUCAGGAAAAGGAAGCGUUUCUGCAGAACAUUGCUCGGUUCCAAAGAGAAGCGUUUUGCCCCAACAAAUGUGGUAUGAUGUUUCAGCGUCUGCUCUGGUGCCACUUAUGCCGAAAGCGCCUUUACCUUUGUCAAAAGUCCUUUGACUGCGGGGUGCAAUAUGUCAAUGUCCAUGAGAAGGAAGACAUGAUCCUGGACUGUGAGCUCAGCUGGCAUAAAUUAUCUGAAGGCCUGACCAAUUACAGCUUUUACAAGGUUUGGGGGAGCAAUUCUGAGGCCUUGAUGUACACGGGGACACGGCCCACCCUGAUCAAGCCCCUGGUGGGGCCAGAGGAUGCAGGUCUGUACCGCUGCGAGUUGGGCACUGUGCGAUCCGGCCCAGCCACGAUCAUCCAUUUUGAAGUCACAGUGUUGCCUCAAAGAAUCAUCGCUGAGACAACAUCCAAGUCUUCAACCAUUGCCCAGACCAUUGCCCAGACAAUGUCCAAGUCUUCAACCUUUGUAGCCCUGCCAUCAACCAUUGAAACCAGGUCAUCAACCACUGUAACCCUGCCAUCAACCAUUGAAACCCUGCCGUCAACCAUUGGAACCCAGCCAUCAACCAUUGUAGCCCUGCCAUCAACCACUGGAACCCAGCCAUCAACCAUUGUAGCCCUGCCAUCAACCAGUGGGACCCAGCCAUCAACCAGUGGGACCCAACCUGGAACCUGGCAGGACCUGUCCUCUACCCUCAAGUCAUCAGUGUCUCCAAAGCCCAAGAAUGUGCCUAGAGGCCGUCUGGCAGGGCUGCUGAUCUGGGGCUGUGUGGUACUGGUCGUUGGCUUGCUGACCAUCGCACUUUGCUCUCGUCCUGAGAAGGUGAUGAAUUCCAUGAAUUCCCGGUUCCCCACUUACAAGAGAGGUGUUCCAUAGGGCUACGUCCCACAGAGCAACCUUCACAGGACCAGGCUACGAAGAUUCCAAUACAAAAGGCUACAUUACCAAGGCACAAAUAAAGAUUUAUGUGUUUGUCUAUA